AAAGGCCCUGGCCAAUGUCAACAUUAGGAGCCUCGUCUGCACCAUGGGGCUGAUGGGUUUGCUCUAGCAGUCAGUCCAGCUGUUUUCCCCUCAGCAACCCCAAAUAUCUCCUCUAUUCAUGGGACAGAGAGCGGGACAGAACAGGAAGAGGACUGAGGAGCUACCGAAGCUACCCAGGGGCUCUUACUUCUCAAUGGCUGGACUAUAUGGGUGCUCAGUUCCUGACAUGCAUAGCCCCCGACUCAUUGCGAUGUCAGUGACAAUGCUUUGCUAUCUCCUGCUGUGUCCUGUGGAUGGCACUUCACCUAGAGAGCCAACGACUGUCAUCUCUACGAUGCUCCCUUCCUCGAAGCUGGGAUACCAGAUGCCGACCUCAGACCUCUUGUCCUGCCAGGUGCUGCUCCCACAGUCCCUGCCUGGUUUCUCUCAAAUGCCCCCCGUCUCCAAAUUCCUGGUAGGUCUGGCUCUAAGGACUGCUCUGGAAGAAGCCGGCUGCCAGGCUGAUGCCCGGGCUCUGCAGCUCCAGCUUUACCGGUUAGGAGGUGUGGAGGCUACACAAGCCCUCACCCACCACCUUCAAGAGCUCCAGAAUGGCGGGCACACAGACUGGAAAGUGUCCGUGGAUGCCCUGUCCUCUGCUCUACAGCGCUCAGCCUGGAAGCAGCCGGGUCCAAAGCGGGCCAGGCGCUGGAUUUCUAACACAGACUGUGAGAAUGAGCAGGAACAGAGUGUGCACAAUGUGGUUGACCAGCUACCAGGAGUAGGCACCUACUACAACCUAGGCACGGCUUUGUACUACGCCUUUAAGAACUGCUCUGACAAGGCCAAGGAACGAGGUCGAGACGGGGCCAUAGACCUGGGUUAUGAUCUUUUGAUGGCCAUGGUGGGUGCGUCAGGGGGGCCGGCUGGUGCGGUGAUCACUGCUGCUCUUAGGCCAGCGAUGAAGAUGGGGGUUCAGCGGCUGAUCCAAUAUUAUUAUGAUGAGAAAGAGGGGAUCACCCCUCAGCCAGAGGUAACCACCCCUCAGCCAGAAACCGGGAAGGAUACCACCAUAUAUAGCAGUGACGUGGAAGAAACAACCAUGCCCAAUUUUGUGUCAGGAGUUGAAAGUACAAGUUCUAUCUGGGUGUGGCCUUUAUUAAAGAACUAUGGUGUCUUGGCAUACAAGAGAUAGUAACAGAACAACAAAUAAGUGGGAAAUUCUGACAAGAGGAGUGUAAAUGUCUGGAUGGGUGGAUAGUUUGGGAUACUGUCAUCACUUGCCAGUAAUUUCCUUCUUGAAACU